AUGCAGCAGAAAAUUGCAGCUCUAAUGAAAUCUUUUCUAGAUAAACGAAUGUCGUCAACAGUGAGCAACUCCACGGCUGAUAUUCCAACUGACGGAAUUCAAGUAACACAAUUUUCACGUCGUAUUGCAGAUCAAAUCAUUCUGUAUCAAAUCAUUCGCUAUCCCGAUCGAUGUCUUUUCAUUUGGAUUGGAACAAGUGCGUGUGAUAUGUCAAAUCUAGCUAUGACAAUGCCGAUGUCGUUGUCAACCACGAAUGAAUUACUUGGUACUACUCUCUAUGGUACCGACUUUUACGAACAAUCGUUGGCUUUGAGUAAAAAGUUAGCUCGUCGUCUCGGUGGCAAAAAACAAGUUUAUGUUAGUCUUAAUCUCGUUAAUGAUGCUGAUAAUGAAAUGUUGUUAAGUGAAGUGGAACAAGCACUUUUCGAACAUGUACGACAAAACGAACAAGUUUAUUAG